AAACUUCGUCGGCAAAGCGGCUGCCAUCCCUUCCCCUUGCGGCAUCCCUCUCCCAACCGGAUAAUACCAUGCACCUCCCUUCGCCAUCUAUUUUUUUCUGGGGUCAGAAGAAAGCAGGGAUUGGCCAACUGCCGCGUGGACCCACCUGCCUCUUCCAACCCACAUGCCCUCAGCUUCCCCUCCAUCCCUUGUCUCUCCUAUUAUAAGUUCAUGGGCAGCCAAGGAAGUAGGAACAAAUAGAGCAGUCAACUUCUCUUCUUCAAUUCCUCUGCUUUGCAAGUGAGGCCAGUAGGACUAGCUUAGCUCCCUUUUUUUCUCUCUUUCUAGAACUAGUGCUGCAUGGCCAUGGAGGUAGAAGAUGAUGUGCUCUUUGCCGAGUUAAGCAAGCAGAUAGCUCGGCUAAUUAUGGAGGAUGAUGAAGAAGAAUUCCCCGUGAAGUGUCCCUCGCUUCCGGUUCAGGGAUUCCCUUGCAUGCCCCAAACGAUCAUGCCACCACCUUAUGGGUAUGAAUUGGCCUACAGAAGGGAGAGCAAGGGGACCGGAGUGUUCAUUCCCCGGUCGACGCUCCCUAGAAGGAAGAACAAGUCUGGGAGAUCCAUUCCAGAUUACACCAACUCUCACAAGCAUCCUCACAAACAAGGAGUUGCAGUUUCUGAUACCACCACCAAAAACCACAUAUACUCUAGUUAUUACAUCAACCCUGCUGUGCUGAAGACUCAUAAGUAGGAACUUCAGAGAUCCUUGGCUCAUACUAACCUUAAUCUGGUCUCUGUUUGUUGACAAUGUCAUGGACUUCUAUGGUUAUUGUGAAAAUGGAAUAAGAAACCUCUUCCAUCUGCCCAAGUAAUUAUGAAGAGGGCUUAAUUAAAAUAAGCUUCCAUCCUCUUCUAUAGAAUGUACAGUUCACUGAUGGAGGGAAGUGUAACUGCAUGGGAGUGGGACAAGUACUGAAUGAAUGUAUUAUUAUUCAUAAGUUAUUGAAUGUAUUCACUUUCUUUUAUAUAGGGAUCACUUGAUGAUUUAA